CACAAGAAUAUACCUGACCUAACCGACGCAUAGUGUGUUGCAUGGACGCCGGAGACAUCAUCAACGACAGUUGCGAAUCUGCUUGGUUUGUCCGAAAGAAAAAAGGCGAAUCAAUCCAAGGACCAAAUAAAAAAACCAGGUGGACAGAGCCGAAAAAAAUGUCAGGCACUCCGACGUUCGAUCAUAACUAUCACAAAUCUCAUUUACCGGAAACUAGUGAUGACCUUAUCGUUUCGAAUCAACAAAAAUAUGACCAGGAAAACCUCGAAAAGGACUUGUUUAAAACAAAAAACCCCAGUGUUGACCCGACAACUUUGAAUGACUGCAAUCGAAUACAUUUUUCAGACGGUCAACCGAAGAUUUGUGACGUCGGUGUUGACGCUGUUACAGACAAACGAAACAUGAUUAAAGUGACCAAGAACUUGGGGAAAUCAAAUAUCCAACGAGUAAACGAUGAUUUUCUUGAGCACGUUGGUGGUUUGGUCUCAAUGAAAAACACUGAACGCGAAAAUUCAAAAAAUGUAAAAAACUCUGUUAAAAAAUCGACCAGCAACACGGGUGGUAGAAACAACUUUUUGGUUAUAAAUCCGAAAUCGUUGUAUGAGAGUGGUGGUGUUCAUAAAACGUCUGAUAACGGACAGAGGAUUGUUCCAACUAGCCCGCCGAGUUCAGUUAUAGAAGAGCCGUUUUUAAAUGAAGUUAUCGUUACUUCUAUACCUCCAGAGUCUCAGCUCCAGACAGCUAAUGAUAAUUCGAAUUCCGAUGAAGGUUUAACGGACGUGGGACAAACUCAAAAUUCUUCGACGUCCAAUGUUCUGAAUUUCAAAAUAAAUAAAUCUAUCGGCCAAAUUGCCGGACAAGCACCAACAAUUCUCCCAUCGCUUGGAGUAGAUGUAAUUGCUGAUGUUAUGGUUCAGUUAUUUAAUCUAGGCCAAACAAAAUAUAAUAAAUUUAUGUCUGUGGUCGAUAAGAUUCGAGAGGAAAAAGUUCUGGAUGAAACUUAUGAUUUUUUACAUAAGCAAACUCAAGAUAAAACGACCAAUUGUUACAUACUUUGCCUCGACUCGACUAAUCAGGUAAACCCAACCCAAAGGAAAGAAGAUGUUGAUGAUUCUGACAAAGAUAAUAAUACAAUCACUGACAAUGUGUUGGAUCAAAACGCUGUAAAUUCAGAUAAAUCAAUACAAGAAAUAAGUACAAGUUUUGACCGAGUUAAGUGUAAAUAUAAUGUAACCGAAUUAAAAGAACUAAGAAUUAUAACUCCGAAGAUUGAUGAUCGUAAAACAAACAAACGCACAGAGAAAGUAAUCAAAUUGAAGUCUACGUUUGUUGGGCCAUUAUGUAAAAAAUUAGCUUUUUGGAAAAAGGAAACACUAAGUGCGAAAAAAAUAAAGACGAGAACACAAACAAGCAAAAAACUUAAGAAAAAUUCUGACGUUAUACUUGAGUCAUACUUCGUCGGUUAUGAGAAUAUUUGUCUUUCAAAAGAAGUUACUAAAAAAAAUCCGUCAAAACAUAGGAUACUACAUGAACUAAAUACAGCGCCCACAAUUAAAAGGAAGUCGCCAAUCCCCGAAAUGAAAAAAAACAAGCCUCUCGAAGAAGAAAACCCGAUAAAAAAAAACAUAACCCCUUUGUUUGUUUCGAAUACUAUCAAACCUAACCAAAGUAAAUUUAAUGAUGCAAAUAUCGCCUCCGAUAUAAAUGUCGCUUUAUCAAAUAAAACGAUUCAGUCAACCGAGACACAAGUAAUUACCGUCAGCCAGUCCAAACCAUCUGAGAAAUCAAAAAAACCGAGAAGGAAAAGGAAAUCUGCUCUCGAGGUACAAACACCUGAAAAUGAAAACGUAGCCCGUUCGUUAAGUGAAAAACAAGUAGUAAUUAUCCACGACCAGCCGGAAGAACCCGAAAAAUCGCGAAAACUCGAGUGGAUAAAAAACAAAUCAAAAACGUCUCCGAUAGUCAAUAAACAACACAACCAUAUCGAUAAAGAAUAUUUUCCAACGGCCAAGAACGUUUUGAAGUGCAAGUUUUGUCAAUUCCGCGGCACCAAUCUGCCAAUAGUCGAACACUACAAAGAAAUGCACAAAGACGAGGAAGUCUUGCCGUCCAGAGUGUCGGACACCUGCGCUAAAAAAUUAAUAAACGAUUCUAUAGCACACAAAUUGGGAUUAAUGAAUUGCGAGCGACUGGAAGAAAACCGGGUUGGACGGGGUAAACGCAAACGUAAAACCUUGAGCACCUUCUACACUUGUAUAUUUUGCCGUAAGACUAUUAACGAUAUUGACCUUUUUUCCGACCACACGGCAUCUCACACUGGCGAGUACAGUUAUCAAUGUGAAUUUUGCCACGUGUCCUGUGCGAGUGCAAAUCAUUUGAAGGAACACCGCACAACGCAUCCGACGAAGUACAGCAACACCCGUAUGAAUGUCUUCCGACUUGUCUACCCGAACCCCAUCCCGGUCAAAACGCUGUACGGGUAUCUGUGUCCGUUUUGUAAUUACACUCAGUUGAGUUACACCAACAUGAUCAAACACAUGGGCCGAUACCAUUCCGCCGAGGACAAGAAACCCAACGGCCGGUGGACCGUGAUCCGGAUCAAUAUGUCUUUCGACAAGUUUAACGUUUGGGACAGUGUGUCUAGUGUGGACUAUAGCAAUUUGGUUGGAUGUCGACCUCCUCUUUACUAUGAAGAAAAUCUUAAUUCAGUAACAACUGCAGCAAACGUUUCUGGUGGCGAUACAUCGAAAACUACCUCAAUAUCCUCUAAAUAUAAAAUGAAUCUUAACCGGAAUCCGCUGAGUGAUGAUUUCUAUGAAAAAUUGCUCAACAAUAAUUUGGGUGCGACAUCAUCUACUGAUACGGCCAGUCCUAAAUAUAUGUUGAAAAAAAAUGUGAGAAACUGUUACUUUUUCAACUUGUUAAGUUGUUUGCAACUCAAAGCCGUUGUAUUGUUUCAAUGUCUGGUGCCAAAAUGCAUGGGUAGUUCGUUUUCAACAGUCUUGUAUAGCGAGUUCCUUAAGCAUAUCCAGAUGUGUCACGAGUCGUUGAGUUGGAAUGGAGUGUGCAACGUUUGUAUAGGCCAAACUAAACCAAGUACGGAACGCUUAUACAUGCUGGACGCUCUACAACACUUGGUUCAAUUCCAUUUGACUUUAUGCAAAGGAAAUCAACCAUCUACGGCCAACGCAAUCGUUGUGAGCGAUACAGAACAAAAUGAAAACGCUAAAAAAGAUGCGAUUGGACAACCUGCAACGGCAGUGAAACUACGGGUUCGCCAUUUACCCGGCGACAAGCUUUCAUCUCCUCUAAACGUUUAUCCACAAGAGACAAGCCCAAAUAUUCUGCAAUUGUUUGAUCAAGAUUUAUCUGUUGAAUUUAAUGACAGUAACGCAGAUCUAACAAGUAUUGCAGACGACAACAUUGUAUCGGAUGUUUCUUCUUUUCUGGAAUCAAACAAUCAAAUGGAUAUUUCUGACAGUAGAACAGCUACAAACAACAUUCGAAUAUAUAACGUGAGGACAUUAAAUGAGUUCCAGGAUGACCAUGUUAACGGGAAGAGUGUUUCCAAUGAAAAUAUCAAAAGUGACGAUAGUGAUGAUCAACAGAUCGUCAACAACGGGCAGCUGAUCGAUGGCGAAUUUAAGUUAAUGGACACGGACGAUACAAAAAUUAAUGAAACGCGAUUUGAACAAUGUUACAAUGAAAUGUCGAAAUCCGUUUCCCUACACACGAUGACCGUCCCGAACCGAUUGGGCCUUUUCAAAUGUUUGGAAAAAAGGUGUAGACGAAUUUACACGGAUGUCAAAUCGUACAAACGACACAUGCUCGUCCAUUACACUCAACCGAAACCGAAACAAAAAAGAGCAGGCGAACAAUACAAAUUGUGUUGUUAUUGUUAUAAGCCGUUUGACGAUCUAGAUUCAUUGAUCGAUCAUGUCGUCGAGAAGUACGCUCAUUGCCUAUACUUUUGCCAGUAUUGUUUGUACCGUGCAUACACACCGGCACAUGUUUUGGCCCACGAGACGAAAUUGCACCCUAAACGCAAGCCUCUAGUAAUACAAAUGGAAAUCGACGAUCACAGAGGUUUGCUAAAAGAAAAUGUGUUGCCUGUGGAUUAUAGUAAAUUCGUUUUGCCUUAUACUUGCGAUCAGGAAAAAACCUGUUUGUUUUCCUGUUAUGUGGUCGAUGAUUUUAUAACUCACUUGCAAGACGUGCACGGAAAACGUGAUACGUUUAGUUGUUACGAAUGCACUAACCAGUUCAAAAAAGAAUGUAAUUUUUCUUUACGUUGGUCGACAAGUAUUAAAACGCAUUUCGAAGUUCACAGCAUAUCCACGUACCAGUGUAUUUUCUGUUUGUUUGGAGCGGACAGUACUGAAAAAAUAAUACUACACAUGGCGAUGGAACAUUUCGUGCAUGAUUUAAUAUGUAUCGAACGUCGGUUGAAGAACGAUUGCAGCGAUUCAACGAAAAUCGAAAAUCUAAAAAUCGUUCGAUUGGAAUCGAGCAUAGACAAAAGUAUUUUAAAAAAAAUGAUUUUACCCAAACCCUUUCCGGAAAUCUCAGCGGGCCUAACCGAACAACAACAGACACAAUGUACAGAUUCCAUCGACGACACCACGAUAAGUACACCGUCGUUUAAUCAUUUAUCUUCUUCUUCCGACAACCAAAAUCCUGUGACGUCGGUAAAAUCACCAACGACAAUGGACGAUGGCCAAAUGAUAGCUCUAAGAGACGAUGAAGUUACGCGGCCACAGUGUUCCGGUUUGAAGAGAAAGCGUUCGGUUGAAGAUUCAAAUGCUGUUGCCAGUUGUGAAAAAUCCGUUAAGACGGCUAAUUUAUCACUAAACUUAUGCAAGAAGCGUUUAACGUUCACCCCGAGGACUGCUGACCAGAUUCCCAAGUUACAUAUUCUCUCGGAGCCACUCAGUUGUGGCAUAUGUUUGUACAGCACUAAAGUCCGAUCGAAUCUUGUAAAGCAUCUCGAAAGUCACGAUAAAUGCCAGGAUUUUUCUAAUGUAGAAAUCUUGAAUCCAGUUCCAUCCAUUGAAAUUCCACACAAACCGUUUACAAUGAAAGUACCUUCAGCAAGUUCACACGAGCAAUUUGUUGCUGCUGAGACCCAGACCGAGAUGGAUAUGAAAAACUGUGUUGAAAUAUCGCUGCCGGUGAACUUAAAACACGAGUCCUAUCCGGAGUAUCCAAAAUUUGUCAAAAUACCGGCUCGAUACAUGUGCCCCGUUCGAAAUUGUACUUUCACCGGUGCUAAUUUGAAAAUGUUCACGGACCACUUGGCAGUGAAGCACGUUGAUUGCAGUUAUUUUACAUGUCCGCAUUGCCCGCGGGAUUCCAACCAUAAAAUCAGUCUAAACGAGAUGGGCAACCAUCUUACGUACCACGGCAACAGCUUGUACCGUUGCUAUUAUUGUCCGUACAUACACUACUUCAGCACCCAAGUCAAGUUGCAUUUAAAAAAUGAACAUUUGUGUCGGACCCCGAAAGAACGUCUGUCCAGCUUUAUCGUGAUCAGAGGAAAAGCCAAAUCGGAUAACCGUCAGGAGCUGUCGUCGACCAUCAGAUGGACUUGCAAUAUUUGUAAUACUCACAUGUUAGCGUCCCAGCAAGAAAUCGAAGAACACAACGCUCGUGUACACGCCUUGACGAAAACUUACUCAUGUUCCGUGUGUUUCUUUGGACACGACAACCCGGAAACGUUGAAGGAACAUUUUAAUGCAAAACACCCUUUGUUGAAUGUGGAAUACUUCCAAACAUAUAGACAAUCGGAGCCGGCGACCGUUGCAUUAAAAAGGCCCGUGGAAUCGCCUAUCGACAUACCGGCGAAGAAGGUCCAUCGCAAAUCGGUUCAAACAGACAAUUUCGACAAAAACGCCAGCCUGGGAACAAUCAAAUCGAACGGCCAUUACUUGUGUCCCAAAUGCAACGAGUCCCACACCGAAGACGUUGGUCGGUUCAAAGAGCACGUGUACCAAGAAAUCGAUUACAAAACACAGUGGAAGCGUACGGGAUGUGGUGAGAUUUCGGAUUCGCUCAAGGAUUUGAAUUGUUGGGACAACCACCAUGGAACGGGAGACACUUAUAAACUGGUCGAAGACGAUCAGCACAAAUUCAAUUGGGUUCAACCGGUUGUCAAAUAUCAGAGGAGGUCGUUGAGAAUGUUAAACAGAAAAGCGCAGUUAAAAGAAAACGACCAAGAGAACAAAGUGUUGAUCAACGAAAAUUAUGCGUUGGCGUUUGAAGAUGCAAGUGAUAUUGAUAUAGAACAAUAUAACAAUAAAUAA